UAGGCAACAACAACAAUAAUAAAGUUUACGAUCUGUAUAGAUAUACCUUUAUGGGUCUUUAAUCUAGUAUGAGUACUGAGCAGUAUGAUGUAGUUUAUUAUUAAUUAUUAUACAUGAUAUGUGUAUGGUGAUCAUCUCGUUGUAUUCUGUUGGAAACUUGUAAGUUCUAUGUUAAAAGUUAAGUAUGAAAUCAUAGCAAGUAUUAGUGGUAACAGUCUUUGCCUUGGAGACAUAAAAAUCUUCGCUGUCAUCACCGUAAAUCUGUUUGUUGAUGAUAAAAAUUAAAACCAUCGGAACCGCAAUAGAUCUAGUCAAUUUUCCAUUUUUUAUGGCCGUCCAUCAUUGAUCGACACGUUUGUGUGCUGCCAAAUUAUCAAACAACUAACAUUUUGACCAGAUAUUUCGAUUGACCAAUGAGUCUGUAUCACCAUUGGACUGGUUGAAAGAAUAUAGAAUAUAGUUGAUGUAUAGCACAUAAGUGCAUAUUUAUACUCCAAUACCUACAUCUACAUAAAAUUGUAAGAUGUGUUCAAAUAAAAAUACACCUAGAAUCAUGGUUUUCAGACCAACAUGGAGUGAAUUUCAAAAUUUUAGUAGCUACAUUGAAUUUAUGGAGUCACAAGGAGCACACAAAGCUGGUGUGGCAAAAGUUAUCCCACCACCUGAAUGGAUUCCAAGAAAAAAAAGUUAUUUCGAAAAUGAUAUUAUGAGUUUAAAAAUUCCAGCUCCUAUCUGUCAAGUUGUACAAGGUAAACAAGGUCUUUAUCAACAACUUAAUAUACAAAAAAAACCUAUGACAGUAGCAGAUUACAAAGUAAUGGCAGAGUCUGAUGAAUAUAAGACACCUAUCCAUUUUGAUUUUGAUGAUCUUGAAAGAAAAUAUUGGAAAAAUAUUAUUUACAAAUCCCCAUUAUAUGGUGCAGAUGUAUCUGGAUCUAUUACUGAUAAAGAUGUUAAUGUUUGGAAUAUUAACAAACUGGGCACAAUAUUGGAUUAUGUAAAUGAAGAUUAUGGUAUUAGCAUUGAAGGUGUAAAUACAGCUUAUCUUUAUUUUGGUAUGUGGAAAACCUCAUUUGCAUGGCAUACUGAAGACAUGGAUUUAUACAGUAUAAACUAUAUACAUGAAGGAGAACCAAAGACAUGGUAUGCAAUACCCCCAGAACAUGGUCGCCGCUUAGAAAGAUUGGCUACUGGCUUUUUUCAAUCUGAUGCUUCAGCAUGCUCUGCUUUUCUUAGACAUAAAAUGACAGUUAUAUCUCCUCAUAUGUUAAAACAAUAUUCCAUACCAUUUAAUAAAAUAACACAAGAAAAAGGUGAAUUUAUGAUAACUUUCCCUUUUGGAUAUCAUGCUGGUUUUAACCAUGGCUUUAAUAUGGCUGAAUCGACAAACUUUGCAUCACCUCGUUGGGUAGAGUAUGGUAAAAGAGCUUCACAAUGUCAUUGCAGACCAGAUACUGUAAAGAUCAGUAUGGAAACAUUUGUUAAGCGUUUACAACCUGAAAAAUAUGAAUUAUGGCUUCAAGGAAAUGAUGUUGGCACUCAUCCAGAAGAUCCUUAUCGUACUAUAGCAGCACCCUUACCUAGUACUUGUGACUUAUUAUGCAAUAAGAACAAUACAGGCGUUCCAAAACUUUAUAUUGAAGCUGGUAGAAAACGUCAUCCUGUCACUCAUAAACUCUCAGAUUCUGAAUCAUCUUAUGAUAUGACACAUGAAAAUAAAGCUGUAGAGGUACCUUUGUCAACAAGUGUACAAGAGUUUGAUGUAAAGGAAUAUGAAGAUGAACUCAAUGAUGAACAGAGAGAAGUAAUGGAAGAUAUAUGGCUAAAAGCUAACGAAAUGGAUGUCACUGAAGUAUCAUAUAAUAAUGGAAGAUCUAGACUUUUGAGUAAAAAACAUACAAUCUUGGAAGAUAUAGAAUUUACAAGUGAUAGUGAUUAUUGUGAUAGUUCAGAAAGAAGAAGAGCCAAGAAAAGAAAGUCUAAAAAACGAGAAACCAAAAAGAAACCAAAAUCUAAAAAAAGUAAAACUUCAAAAUCGACUGAGAAAAAAAGUAUUGCUCCUAAUGAAACAGUUAAUCAGAUAGAUUCAACAACCAUUAGCUUCAAAGGAAAUGAUAAUGCUAUUAAAAAAUUAACAAGUAUAUCACCUAUAAAUUCUGCGAGUCUUAAUUCUAUAGGUAUUAAAAGAAUUACAGAAGAAACUCGGGUGAAUAAUUAUCUCAAAAGAAAUAUUAAAAAUUCAACAGUUUUCAACAGUACUUUGAAUGAUUGUUUAUUAUCUAAAAAAAGUGACAGUGUUAAUAAUAAUGGGAAUUCAAAUGUUGUUAUAUUAAAACCAUUUUUACCAAUUAAAUCAGAAAUGCCACAAAAUUCAUCUCUUACUAAUUUAACUACCCACAAAAAUACGAAAAAUCAACCUCUUAUGCCAUCAAGAUUUUUAACUGCAAAUUUACAAUUAGUAGAUAUAAAAUCUACACCAACAUUUUAUCAACCAACUCUUAAACCUAUAGAGAUUAAAGACAAUGAAGAAUAUAGAAUUGAAGAUAUAUCUAAUAUCAGUGAUUUGGUACACAAUCAUUGCUCAUUUGAGAUUGAACAACUGUUUAAUGUAUUUAAAAGUAUGAAUGAACCCCAUUGUUCAUUAUGUAUGAUGUUUAAUCCUAAAAAGUUAACUUUCAACUUGGAUUGGCAAAUCAAAGCGAGAUCUUUUAUGCGUCCAAAGUUACCCAACUUGCAGAAUCCUAGCAAAGUGUUAUUUAAACAUGCACUUUGUGGCAGUGAAAAAGUUUUUAAGGCAGACCUCAUAAGAUGUGAAAAAUGUUAUUUGACUGUUCAUAAAGUGUGUUAUGGCAUUAAUGUAGACACAAGUAAACAUUGGUUGUGUGAUCGAUGCAUGAAAAAUGCUAUAGUUGCUCGUUGUGCAUACUGUCCAUUAAAAGGUGGGGUUCUGAAACAAUUUAAAAACAAUGUAUGGUCACAUGCUGAAUGUCAUCUUUUAGUACAUGGCAGUUAUCCAUUAACUAUCAAAACUUUUACGACAGCCUCUAUAAUUGAUCAAAAGUGUAUAAUAUGCAAUUUAUCUUCUGGCAAUUGUUUUCGUUGUUCUGAAGGCAGUUGCGAUGCUUGGUUUCAUAUUUCUUGCGGAAUAUUUACUGGAUUUGAUUUCCGAACUGAGAGAAACAGUGAUCAUAUUUUGAUCCAUUGCAAUGAUCACUUAAAUUUUCCAAAUAAAGAAAAGAUAAUUCAUAUAAACCAAAAAAUUUGGGCCAGGCACUGUAAACAUAAUAGGAUCUCUGAAUGUCAAAUUGUCAAAAUUGAUGAAACUCCUUUUUGCGUUGUAAAAUUUAAUGAUGGUACAAUAUCAGACAGUAUUACAUUAAAAGAGAUAAAGAAAAAUGCAAAUGAUCUUCCAGCCAUUAACAAAGAAAUAAAUUUAAGUUCUGGUGACAAAGGCUUAUUCCUGGGAUUGAAUUAUAAACCUACAUAUUUAGUUAAAUUUAACGAUGGAACAUUUGGCUAUAUAGAUCCUAACGCUAUAUACAGUAACGAUGAACAUCUUAUGAACCGUUUAAAACUGCAAGCUAAACGUGGGUUAGCUAAGUAUCAAAAAGAUAAGAAAAUAAUUGAUAUUUUAUAAAUAUGUUUUAUAUCAUAAUUAAUUAUUUAUUUAAUUUGAAAA